GGGCAGAGGCCAUUGUCUGCAUCACACAGACAAUCUAGAACCCACCGUCCCACAGAGCCACAUUCUAGAGCUCAGGGCUGGGGACCCCUCCCCAAUUCCUGAGGCCCCCAGGGAGAGACGGGGGCCCUUCUCUCCAUGCUCCUUUUGCGGCAACUCCCUGGCACGGAAGCCCAGGGGACAGAUCGUCCCAGGGGAGGCUGGGUCCGUAGGCUGCUCUGAGUGCGGCUCCUGCACGGACGAGUUUCAUCCACGACAGAGCCAGCCAUGGCGGAGGAGGUGUGGGUGGGCACCUGGAGGCCCCAUCGCCCCCGGGGGCCCAUCAUGGCCCUCUACAGCAGCCCCGGACCCAAGUACCUGAUUCCACCCACCACGGGCUUCGUGAAGCACACGCCCACCAAGCUGCGUGCACCAGCCUUCAGCUUCCGAGGGGCCCCCAUGCUCCUGGCAGAGAACUGCUCCCCGGGGCCCCGCUACAGUGUGAACCCCAAGGUACUGAGGACCGGCAAGGACCUCGGCCCUGCCUUCUCCAUCCUGGGGCGCUACCGCACCAAGACCAAGCUGACCCCUGGCCCGGGUGACUACUUUCCAGAGAAAUCCACCAAGCAUGUGUUCGACUCUGCACCCAGCCACUCCAUCUCUGCCCGGACUAAGACCUUCCGAGUGGACAGCACCCCAGGCCCUGCCGCGUACAUGCUACCUGUCGUGAUGGGGCCCCACACCGUCGGCAAGGUCUCCCAGCCCUCCUUCUCCAUCAAGGGCCGCAGCAAGCUGGGCAGCUUCAGCGAUGACCUGCACAAGACCCCAGGUCCCGCAGCCUACCGCCAGACCGACGUGCAGGUGACCAAGUUCAAGGCUCCGCAGUACACCAUGGCUGCCCGGGUGGAGCCCCCAGGGGACAAGACCCUCAAGCCAGGCCCCGGAGCCCACAGCCCUGAGAAGGUGAUCCUGACCAAGCCCUGCGCCCCCAUCGUCACCUUCGGCAUCAAACACUCCGACUACAUGACGCCGCUGGUCGUGGACGUGGAAUAGCCCAGCCCCAACCGCAUUCGCCAGCCCCGCCUCCGAGCAUCGCGUUCCCACAGCAGAUUCUCAAGGAGUCUCCACCAGCUGGGCUUCAGCCAGCCUGCCCUGCAGGGCAGAGCACGCUUAUUUGGACAAUUGUGACCAGUUAUUUUUUCUACGCUACUUUCCCAUUUGCUAAUGUUGUUUCCUGUCAUGCCCAGAUUACUUAAUAAAUCAUGGAUUCCAUUAGCAA